UGUUCAAAACAAGAUGUAUUGGCAAAUCAUUCUGACCAUGUUUGUGCAAUUGGACUUUCUUCAGAUGGCAAUUGCCAAUUGCAUGGUCUAUCAGAUUCCUCCCAGGAACUUCUCAUUACCUUGUGUGCUGCUGAAUGAGACACUUUUGAGUCCUUUCUCUGCUAGAGCUGUAGAGGGCUGGUCUGAUUUGAAUAGAGAGCAUGGAGCUGCUGAAGCCAACUCUCCUGUGAUAAUGACUGAAGAAAGCUUUCUCUGUUGCCUUUUGAGUGAUAACAACAUUGAUUGCUCAUUGUACAGAGCAAGCAUGCAAGCAAGGAUGCUUAUUCCUUCAGAAAUAAGCAUCUCAGCUUCUCAGGAAACAGAUUCAAAUUGGAACAUUGAAUGCUGGAUUAAAGGAGAGCUGGACCUGUUAGUUUGUAGCCUACGGUUUUUGAAGUUGUACUUGAGAGCUGAUUUGAAGGUUAAUCUUUUAUAUGCUGUAUCAGAGAUGCCGCUGGGAGAAAUAUCUACGAGCUCCCUAAAGGGGACUGUAAUGGUUGCUCCUUGUGACUGCAGUGAGUAUAACAAGUGUGAGUGCUGUGUGCCUUCUCUGAGACUUAACUACACCUACAUCAUGUGGCUGCAGAUCAUGAUUGGUGCAACGCCUCUUUGGUCACCUUUAAUGUUUGUCAAGCCCAUAAACAUAGUAAAGCCUGAACCUCCUUUGAACCUGCAUCUAGAAAUGACAGAGAAAGGUCAAGUGAAGAUCUGCUGGUCUGACCCAAUGCUGAUGCCAUAUCCACUUAAGUAUGAAGUAAAGUUCUCUGCAAAUUCAAGUCAAAAUGGCUGGCAGGUGGUUCAGGUUGUCCUGGAAACCUCUUUGGCCAUAGACAAUGCACUACUUGAUUCUUCGUAUUUAGUUCAAGUGCGGUGCAAGAAUCUGUAUGGUCCAGGGUUCUGGAGUGACUGGAGCACACCAUAUAAUCUGCACUCGGGAGAAGUCUUGUACUUCCCUCCUAAGAUACUGACCAAUGUUGGUUCUAAUGUUUCAUUUCAUUGCAUCUAUAAUAACAAAAACAAGAGGGUAGUGUCCAAGAAGAUUGUUUGGUGGCUGAAUUUAGCAGAAGAAAUCCCAGAAAGUCAGUACACGCUUGUGAAUGAUCGUGUAAGCAAAGUUACUCUUUUCAACUUGAAAGCAACAAAACCUAGAGGAAAUUUCUUCUAUAACGCAGUGUACUGUUGUCAUCAAAACAGGGAAUGUCAUCACAGAUAUGCUGAAUUAUAUGUAGUAGAUGUGAAUAUGAAUAUCACAUGUGAAACUGAUGGGUACUUAACUAAAAUGACUUGCAGAUGGUCUGCAAACGCAAACACAUUGCUCCUGGGGAGUUCUUUGCAGUUAAGAUACUACAGGAGCAAAAUUUACUGUUCUGACUUCCCAAGUACUUCUCCAAAAUCAGAGGUGAAAGAAUGCCAUUUGCAGAGGAAUCUUUCUUAUGAGUGCACGUUUCAGCCUAUUUUUCUUUUAUCUGGAUAUACUAUGUGGAUAGAAUUUAAGCACUUACUGGGAACUCUUGAAUCUUCACCAACUUGUGUCAUCCCAGCAGAUGUAGUGAAGCCGCUCCCUCCAGCCAGUGUUAAUGCAGAAAUCACCAGGAAUGUUGGGCUGCUGAAUGUGAGCUGGACGAACCCUGCAUUUACAAACAAUGAUCUUAAAUUUCAGAUUCGAUAUGCUGUGAAUAGAGAAGAAAUUACAUGGGAGUUGUAUGAAAUUUCAGAUGCACCAACAAGGUCAGUUGUGAUAAAAGUACAGACACUUUGUGUUGAGUAUGUUGUUCAGGUCCGCUGCAGAGGACUGGAUGGAUUAGGUUACUGGAGCAAUUGGAGCAGAUCAGCCUAUACAGUUGUAAAAGAUAUCAAAGCUCCCCUACAAGGCCCUGAAUUUUGGAGAGUUGUUACUGAAGAUCCUGCAAGGAGGCAGAAGAAUGUUACGCUUCUGUGGAAGCCACUGAUGAAGAAUCACUCAUUGUGCAGUGUGAGCCGAUAUGUUAUAAAGCACCAGACAUCAGAAAACACGACGUGGUCAGAAUAUGUUGAUAAUGGCACUACCUGUUCAUUUCCAUGGACUGAACACACACAUACUAUUACAGUUUUAGCCAUGAAUUCAAUUGGAGUUUCUUCAAUUAAUUUUAAUUUAACUCUAUCACAGCAAAUGAGCACAGUGGACGCCGUGCAGUCCCUCAGUGCCUACCCUGUGAACAGCACUUGUGUGAUUUUGACUUGGACACUUUCACCUCAAGCAUAUGUGAUAACAUCUUUUGUUAUCGAAUGGAAAAACCUUAACAAAGAAGAGAUGAAAUGGGUGCGAGUUCCUCCAAAUAUUAGCAAGUAUUAUAUUUAUGAUCACUUUAUUCUGAUUGAGAAGUACCAGUUCAGCCUGUAUCCUGUAUUUGUUGGAGGAGUUGGCAAAUCCAGAGCUACGGAUCAGUUUAUCAAAGAUGGGUCCGAAAAUCAGAAUAAUGCCAGUCUCUAUGUGGUUCUGCCAAUAGUUAUUUCAACCUCAGUUUUGUUGCUUGGAGUAUUGAUGAUUUCUCACCAAAGAAUGAAGAAACUGUUUUGGGAAGAAGUUCCAAACCCUAAGAAUUGCUCCUGGGCACAAGGAGUUAAUUUUCAAAAGCCUGAAACUUUUGAGCAUCUUUUUGUCAAGCACCCUGAAGCAAUGUCGUUUGAGCCUCUUCUUCUGGAACCAGAAAUAGUCCUGGAAGACAUCAGUGUUACUAAAGCAUUGAAAAAAGAAGACGCACAAGAUUUUUUAGUAAUUGAUUCAAUGUUUACAAAGAUUCAAGACUCUGAACGUGACUCUGCUUGUUCUAGCAGCCAUUUCAAUAGCAACAGCCUCUCUGAGAGCUCCCAUGAUGACAAAGUCAGUGGAGAAAUUACCCGGCAGUCCGAUAUCAAAUAUGCUACUAUUAUCAGUAACUCCAAAUCAAGUGGGCUUUACGAACAGAAAAAGAAUCUCAGCAGUGCCUUUGAUAGAUGCUUCCUGGCUGAAGAUUCCUUAGUUACAGGUGCUUUCUCAAGUAGUUCUUGGGAGAUGGGAAAUCAGGCGUUUCUGAUACUACCUGAUCAACAUGGCAGUCAGCCCAGCAAGACUCUCUCUCUUUCCCUUAUUUCUUCAGAGGGAUUUUCAGAACCUUCAGACCAGGAUGAUGCUUUUGCAGAUGGUGACAGUCCUGAGCGGAGCCUAUAUUACCUAGGGAUAACAUCAUUUGAAAAAAGAGAAAAUGACAUUUUUUUAACAGAAAGUUCAGGAGUCAUGUGUCAGUUUCAUACAACUGAUCUGCUCAAAGAUAUGGGUUUUCUUCAGAAUACAUCCCCUAAUUUAAAUGCUUUUAUCGAAAGUAGCCUUAAGUACAAAGCCAUUGUGCCAUAUGUGCCACAGUUUCAGAUGACUGCUGCCAAAGUACAAGAGACCGCAGAGAACAAAUGUUAAGUCAUCACACCAAUU